CCCUCCAGCAGCACCAUGUCCCUCUCUGUGCGCACCUCUGGGCUGCCUCAGUGGCUGUCCUCCCAGAGUGGGACCCUGGGCAGAGCCAGGGACAUGUCUGCCUCGAGCAUUGGAAGCGGCUACGGGGGCAGCGCCUUUGGCUUCGGAGGCAACUCUGGGGGAGGCUUUUCUGCUGCUUCCAUGUUUGGUUCUAGUUCUGGCUUUGGUUCUAGUUCUGGCUUCGGUGGUGGUUCCUUUGCAGGAGGACUGGGUGCUGGUUAUGGAGGAGCUGGAGGAGGGGGCUUUGGAGGCCUGGGAAUUGGAUUCGGAGGAAGCUCAGGAGGGGGCUCUGUAGGGAUUUUCCCUGGCAUCGAUGGAGGCCUUAUUUCUGGAUCAGAAAAGGAAACCAUGAAGAAUCUUAACGACAGAUUGGCUUCCUAUCUGGAUAAGGUUCGAGCUCUAGAGGAGGCUAACACUGAUCUAGAAACCAAAAUUCGAGAGUGGUAUGAAACACGAGGCUCUGGGACUGGAGACCCUGGGUCACAAAAUGAUUACAGCAAAUAUUAUCCAUUGAUUGAAGACCUCAGGAACAAGAUCAUUUCUGCCAACAUUGCAAAUGCCCAGCUCAUCUUGCAGAUCGACAAUGCAAGACUGGCUGCCGAUGACUUCAGAAUGAAAUAUGAAAAUGAGCUGGCCCUGUGUCAGAGUGUGGAGGCUGACAUCAACGGCCUGCGCAGGGUGCUGGACGAGCUGACCCUGGCCAGAGCUGACCUGGAGACGCAGAUUGAGACCCUGAAUGAGGAGCUGGCCUACCUGAAGAAGAACCACGAAGAGGAGCUCCAAAGCUGCCGGGCCGGCGGCCCAGGCCAGGUCAGCGUAGAAAUGGACGCUGCCCCCGGAGUGGACCUCACCAGGCUCCUCAACGACAUGCGGGCGCAGUAUGAAACCAUCGCUGAGCAGAACCGGAAGGAUGCGGAGGCCUGGUUCAUUGAAAAGAGCGGGGAGCUCAGGAAGGAAAUCAGCAGCAACACAGAGCAGCUUCAGUCCAGCAAGAGCGAGGUCACCGACCUGCGGCGCGCACUUCAAAACCUGGAGAUCGAGCUCCAGUCCCAGCUCGCCAUGAAGAAAUCCCUGGAGGACUCGCUGGCUGAAACCGAGGGCGACUACUGCGGCCAGCUGUCCCAGGUGCAGCAGCUCAUCGGCAGCCUGGAGGAGCAGCUGCUGCAGGUGCGCGCCGACGCCGAGCGCCAGAGCGCCGACUACCAGCGGCUGCUGAACGUCAAGGCUCGCCUGGAGCUGGAAAUCGAGACCUACCGCCGCCUACUGGACGGCGAGGCCCAAGGUGACUCUCUGGUGGAAAGUUCUUAUGUGACAGCCUCCACAUCUCAAGCACCAUCAACUGAUUCCUCUAAAGACCCUAACAAAGCCCGGAAAAUCAAGACAAUUGUGCAGGAAGUGGUGAAUGGUGAGGUGGUCUCGACCCAAGUUAAGGAAAUUGAAGAACUGAUGUAAAAUUUCACAAGAUCUGCC